UAAAAUCAUCACAGUCAUUUUCCAUCAAUAAAUAUAAAGUGCUACAGUAUAGUUUUACUAAAGACAUAUUUUAUUACAAGAUGGCAAAUUCUACAGAGGAAGACUAUUAUAUAAAUAGUGUACUAUUCGAUCUGUUUAUUUUUUCCUGUUUUGGAAUAACACUGGCAGGUCUGGUGAUACAAUUAUUUAUUGUGGCUGUUAAUGUCAAUGACUGGAUGAAGGGAAGAUCAAUAACAGGUGCCGACAAAAUUAUCACCUCUAUCGGGAUAUCAAGGAUUUUCUUUAAUGCUCUUUGGCUGUUGAUUUCUUCAAGUUUUAUCUUUUCAGAGUUCCCUGAAACCAUUUAUAUAUUUUUAGAAUUUUCUCUGCGAACCUUAGCCACUUCCAACAUUUGGUUAUCAACCCUGCUCUCCAUCUUCUUCUACUUUAAAAUCUCCACCUUUCACAAUGUCUUCUUCUUGUGUAUGAAGGCCAUCAUAUCAAGAAAAGUUGUCUACCUGAUCAUUGCCUGUGUGUUGUUUUCUGUUUUACACUCAUCUGUGUAUUGUUUUGCUAUGCCUUCGUUUUUCAGGAAUUCAACACAAGAUGACAUUUUAUACUACAGACAGAACGAGAUAUUAUCAUAUGUCGGCAUAUUGUGGACAAUUUUUCCCCUUCUAAUAGUUUUUAUAGCUUCAUUCCUUCUCAUUAUUUUGCUUGGUUUCCACAUUAGAAGAAUGAACAAUCAUGGAAACAAGAAAAGCAGUACAGACACCUACCUUCGGACUAUGAAGUUUACAGUUUUCUCUUUCCUGAUCUGCGCCUUCUAUAAUAUAGUAGAUUUAUUGGAUCACAUGAAAUUACUGGACUUUAUCUCAUUCAAUAUAACAAUGAACACCUUUCCAGCCCUACAUUCUUUUCUACUAAUUUAUGUAGCAACAAAACUACGAAACCAGUUAUUUCAGAUUGUCCAUUGUGGAACUAACUGCUUGUCCAGCAAAAAUGCUCCUGGACGUCAGUCUGGCAAGCCAAUGGAGGUGACCCCUGUGUGAAUGAGGGAAAGAUGAGAGGUGCUUUUAU